UCGGGCUUCGCUGUCGUCUCAGAAGGGUUUCGAGUCCUCUCAGCCGCCACGAUCCCAGCGCUGUUGGAUUGUACCAGGCUUCUCCAUUCUUCGCACCGUGUACAUGGAGUGACCGCCCACACCAGACUCUGUUAACCAGACUCGCUGAUUGCGAUUCAGAAGGUGUAGGGAGAAACCCCAUCACAUUCUUCCCGUAAGACUUCCACUCCGGUUGGAAUGGGUUGCUGCACAGGUCGCUGUACUUUAAUAUUCCUCUGUACUUUACAGCUGUUGGCAGCAUUGGAGAGACAGAUCUUUGAUUUUCUUGGUUACCAGUGGGCUCCUAUACUGGCCAACUUCCUUCAUAUAAUUGUUGUCAUUCUGGGACUAUUUGGAACAAUUCAAUACAGGCCUCGCUACAUUGUGGUGUACACUAUUUGGACAGCCCUGUGGGUCGCCUGGAAUGUAUUCAUUUUCUGCUUCUAUUUGGAGGUUGGAGGACUCUCAAAGGAUAGUGAUCUGAUGACCUUUAAUAUCUCGAUGCACCGAUCGUGGUGGAGGGAGCAUGGGCCUGGGUGCGUGCGUAAGGAGUUGACUGCUUCAGCCAGCAAAAGCUUGGAUGAUCGCACCUAUAUCUCAGUGACAGGCUGCAUUGUCGACUUUCAGUACCUGGAGGUUAUUCACAGCUCCUUCCAAAUAUUACUGUCACUCAUUGGUUUUGUCUAUGCCUGCUAUGUGAUCAGCGUUUUCACUGAAGAAGAGGACAGCUUUGAUUUCAUAGGUGGACUUGAUUCCUACACCUACCACGCACCCCAGAAACCCUCCCAUGCACAGUUAAGGCCUGUUUACCUGUCGAAGUAAAUGACAGAUAACAGAUGACCAUCGACACGGAGGCCUCUGGCAAUGACGUAUUUCAAACUUCAGAGGGAAAAACAAGUUAUAUGUAAUAUCAGGUGUGGGCAGGUACUCCCACAUAAUUCAUUUCUGACCAAAACUCAAGUCAAGGACUAAUUUUAGACAAAUCCAAGUUGAGUAUGAAAUACUUGGUUCUGAUUAUGACUGUGUUUUUUGUCCUUUGCUGUACAGUAAUGGUAUCUUGUAUGGAGCGUCUAGUUAAAGUAUGUACACUGUAGCAAACAGUGAAUUUGGUAAAGUCAAGUGAUUUGUUUCAGGUAAAACCCACUGUGCAAAAGGAAAACAUUGCUGGAUUUGUGCUGAGAGUGAAUCAGUCCUUUGACAGUAGCAACUGUUUCUCUGUAGAAUAUUUAAACAAUUCCGUUUUCAACUUGUACAAAAAUACUUUUUUAUGAAUUUAUGAAUUAUUAAUUCUUAACACAUUUGUAAGAUAAUGUUAGCACUCCAGUAUUUUGUAGUCUUGUGAAUGUUACAUUUUAUGUGAAACAUAUCUUUUAGGCUAUUUAUGGAUUAUAGAGUAGGCGAUUAAAGGAAUCCUUUUAUUCUCAUUAUUGCUGCAUUUUGCUCUCUGAAGUAGUUGAGGAUCUUGUAAGUCUUCUGUUGAAUGGAGCAUGUGACAUGGUUGUAUUACCCUAACUGCUAGAUCAAAUUUACAGCAUUCACAUUCUCACAGGCACUUGACAGUUUUAAAUAUCCUCAUCUCAGAGCCUACAGAAAGCUACAUUUUAAAGCCUUUACCUGGAAUACACAAUACUUAAACAAAAACACCCACAGACUUCUAAAUAUGAGAGCCCAGGAAUUCCAUCAUGCCUAAAGAGGAGCAAGUGAACAGUUGGGGAUGGGUCACCUGUGCAUAUCUGUUCAUAUGGGUGAGCAUCCAGGAAUGUCACUGAGUUCCUGAUUGUCUUUGCCCAGAACUGGCAGAAGCCCAAUAAAAAGGGUGGAAGGAAUGCACCGCUUCCCAUACAGCUACAGACCCUCACAAACAUUUCCCAUUACAUUUGGGACAGAAUCUACAGAUGUCACAUUGGGUUCAUCAGCCAUCUUAGGACCCACAAAAGUGGAGAAAGCAAUUCAUCCUUCAUCCCAGGAGACUGCCUUAGAAGAAACAUGGGUGUUGGAUCCAUAGGCAUUCACCCAUCUUUCUGAGGGUAUGAAAGUAAAAGGACUGAGUGUCUUCAGUGUUACUGUAAAGGUAUUCAUAAGCAUUGUCCUAACAACCAAUAUCCAAGAAUGGCAGGGCAGCUAAUGAACUGUGAAGAGUUCAGGUGAAAUGUUCUUGUAUCACUCCAUGGGCCCUAGCAACGAAGGAACAGGUAGGUCAAUAGUGCUCUUCUAUCUCCUUCUCUUCCUCCAUUUGUUGAUGCCAAGGGCAGCAUAGAUGGGUUAGCAUAUUGUGAGAAUGACAAAAGGAUAGAGAUGGGUUAAAUGAGUGGGCAAGAAGUCACCAAAUGGAACUUAAUGGGGAAAAUGAAAGACUUGUGAGGAAGAUAGUAAAAACAAAUAAUUUAACUGGUGUGAGACUACAAGGGAUCUGAAGGUCCUAGUAUAAGAAACACAUAAAGUUAGCAUGUAGGUAGCAAGAAAUUAGGAAUGAUAAUAGAAUGUUGGCCUUUACCUGGGGGGGGGGGAUGGGGAAAGUAGAGAAGUUUUGACGCAACUUUGUAACUACUGGUGAGACUGUAUCAGAGAGUUCAGUUUUGGUCUCUGUAUUUAAGGAAGGACAUGCCUGCAUUGGAGGCAGUGCAGACAAACUCAGGCUGAAGGGGUUGACAAUGUGGAGGAUGGAAUGGGUCUAUUACUCCUUAGAACAUACAAUAAUGAGGUGACAGUGAAACAUAAGAUUCUGGUCAAGUUUGACUGGGUGGCUACUGAGAGGAUGUUUCCACCAGUGGGAGUAUAUAGAACUAAGGAGUAUAGUUUCAGAAUAAAGGAGUAUCAUCCAUUUGAGAUGGAGAUGAGAAGGAAUUUCUUCUCACGAAGGUCAUUGAUCCUCAGAAGCCUCCAACACAGGGAGUUGUGGGGGCUGGGUGUUUCAAUAUUUUGACGGACAUUUAAACUACAAGGGAGUCAAGGGGUAUGAGAACUGAGCGGGAAAGUGAUGUGGGGGGCAGGAUUGAAUCAACUAUGAUCUUAUUGAAUGGCAAAGGUGGCUCAAGGAGCUGACUGGCCUACACUUGCUCCUGUUUCUAAUGUUUUCAUUUAGCAUGUGGCCAAAUGAUAAGCUAGGUAAGAGGUGCACUGCAUAACUUCUUCAGUAGUCGAUGGUAACACUAUGACUUGCAUUGUUGGCCAACAUUAAGUCUUUGACUCAAUUUCAGAGAUCACGAAUCAUAUUUGGAAAAGAUAUCCAUUGACAUUGGGUCAGAAUAAAAGGAGCAGUUUGCAGAGUGCUGUCUGUGGUUACAAAUCAGCUAUGCAUUCAGGAACAUUAUCUGAGUCUUCUGAAAAAAAUACACUAAGCAGGUGCUGGGAUGGAGUCUAUAGGAAGCUUGCAAUGUUAGCAAAGUCUCAUCUCUGCUCUUCCCAUGAGAUAGUGCAGCAUGUACUGUCACCUUGCUAUAACUAGGGUGCACAAUGAGAUGUCACUUGUUACAGCAGCCACAGCACCAUGACAUAAAAUCUAAGGACAACAAUGACUGAGUUAUGGUUGCAACUGGUAACGUAGUUUGAUGAUAUCCUCUUUAGUGAACAAAAUCACUUGUAACAUUGGUCCUCAAUGUUGUUGAGGUACAAUAAAUGCUCCUUCAAUACUUACUGUUGAAAUAGCAGUCAACCCAAUGCCCGAUUUUGCCUUCUCCUCCGCCCAUCUUCUGGACUACUCCCAUACUCCAUCAGCCCUGAACCAAUGUCAACCAUACUCAGAAUAAAUUGAAUUGCAGAGAGAGCAGCCACCAUUAUAAAAUUUACUAACAGAAGAAUAAAAGCAUACAAGGGUCAAGAAAGCUAACUAAAAGCUUCAGCAAAACAGUUUGUGGAGGUGUUUUGCUUUCUGCUUUAUCAGUGGGCGCAUUUUUAACAGAAUAGCUGAACAGUGCAGGCCCCAAAAUUCUGAUCAAGCAUAUCAGUUGCUAAGUCCUUCCCAGGCCUCUUGCAAACAUUCUAAUUUUCUGUUCCUCUGUCAGGAUAUCAACAACCCAGGCUGAUGUUGCAAAAUAUAACCCUAAAUUUCAGACUGUUUCUCCUGAGAAGCCAAGUUUCAUCCUGUUGAAUCACUCCUGCUGGACUAGAUUCCUGGGCAACACCCCUCACUGUGCACAGUGCUAAAUUUAAUUCAUUCCAUUGUUCCUGUAGCCAUCUGCGCAGCAAUGGCAUGCAGAGGAGGAACUAAAAGUAAUGUUUAAUUAUGGGUUGCAAUUCUUUUGGUUUCAAAGAAAACUGCCAAGAUCCUUCUGAUUGCAAAUGUGUAGGGUUACUAACACAGCUACUGGAUGUACAUUAAUGGUAGUCUUUGGAUACUGGAUCUGUUGCAUAGUCCUGAUGAAUAAAGCACAUUGUGCAUAACAAUUUUUUUUUAAAAAACUUGUACAUAUAUGCACAUUAAGUGUAUUGAGGGUGUUUGUUGAUAGUAUUUUAUGUAAACAAUUUUUACUUAUGUAGAAAACCCAUCACUUGGGCACCUUGUA